AUGCCAUCCGCAGGGGCUCCAAACUACCAACCUGAUUCUCCGGGUAGCGAGCGGGGUGGCACGACGAGAUAUCUUCCCGACCAGGGUUUCUUACCUCCGCUGGGACUUGGGCGAGGACUGCCACCGUUACGCAAGGUUCACUCAAGACUAAUGGUCAGGACAUAUGGAUGGCCAACCAAGUAUGCGCUCUCUCCCGACGAAUUACUUUGCGUCGUCGCCGACGCAGUGAAAGGUCGCAAGAAUUCUUAUUUACGAGAUGUUUUGCAUCGUGAUGUUAGCGAAGGGAAUGUCCUCGUCGUGCCCGUCAUGGUGAAUGGCAAGAGGGUGUUCAAAGGUUGCCUCAUUGAUUAUGACAAUGCAAUCAAGUUUAGCUCCCAUCAAACGCUCGCAGAUGAUCCUGCAUCGGGCACUCGUCCCUUUAUGUCUGGGGAAUUACUUCGUAAACGCCGCUACUUUGUUCAGCCAGACGAGACGUUAUCAGCUCCUCGACAUGAUGCAAUUCAUGACAUGGAGAGUUUCCUCUGGGUCCUUGUUUAUAUCUGUCUUUCUCGUGAUGGUCCAGCUCAUCGACGUCGAGAACUCUGGGACAACAGUGAGGACGCCGAACCUCUUCGCGAUAAUUGGAGGGCACUCUUCGAAGGAGAAUUUGGGUACUUGGCGAAGCGAACUCUCAUCGACAACAGAGGAGAAUUUAAACUCUGCGUACUUAACUUUCUCCCAGACUACUACAAACCACUGGAGACAGUGCUGGCGAAACUGCGCGAUAUCCUCGAAACUGCAUAUCGCUCGCGGGAGUUCGACCAUGUGCACGAAGACUUCAUCAAGGCCAUGGAGGCUGCGCGACUUAAAAUGGAACCUAUCGCGGAUCCUAAGCAUAUUGAACUGCAGAAACGCGAAAUUCAAGGCAGGCAGAAUGACGAUAUUCGUACAGGAGAUAUCUCCCCCAUUCCAAAAGGAGUGAAUGUGGGCACAGCCAUAUCGUCAACUACAGCGUCGCGUCUUCAGGAACCCGAGUCCCCUACCCCCAAACGUACAAAGCCUACUUCAGACAUGCUAGAAGUACCACUUACACGUUGA